GAGAGAAGGCGAAGCGUCAUUCAACCUCGCCCUGCGGAACCCAGUUUAGGCCAGGAACACUCCGCUAACCCCCUACAAGCGCUACAUCGAAGAAGUGAGGCCAGCUCCACCCCAGAACGGAGAGGUAUAUUAGUCGGUCGGCGGCGUGGCUGGUGCCGUCCCUACCAAAAUGUCCCUCACUCUUCCCAUUGAACUGUUGGGCCAAGUCGAACUUCACGUUCGACGCAACCUUUUGCCUGACGAUUGCCUCGGCUUCGAUAUGCAUCCCGCGAUGCAGCCCACGCCCCAUAUUCCCUGCGGAACGGGCAUAAACAUCAACUUUGAGCCCACCGUAGACCAGACUGGUCUCGGCCUGCGCGUGUACGCAUCCCGCUCUCACCUGACCUCAAACCGCCAGGCGCAGCAUCGGGGCGUUGUGACUUCAUCAAACCAAGGCUGUCUGUUUAUCCCCUUGACCCCCGGCGCAUCAGCGCCCGGCGGAGCUUCGCGCCUACCCGACAAGAAUCAUUCGAUAAACGGCUCUCAAGGGGGGUCGGUAGAUGGAUUGCCAUCGUUGUACGACGACGCUGUCGACUCCCUCAUGGAAACUAUGACAGAUGACUCUUUUUCGGAGAUGAUCUCUGUCGCAGGUUACCCUCAGGAACAAUGUUACGGGAGUCUACCCGCGAAUGACGCGAACGUGCCAUUCAAUCCGCCCUUCCUGUCCACGCAGUUCGAUCCUCUCGGCCGCCACAUUGAUACCGCAUCUGCGGGUCUUACGCUCGACACCCGUCAUUCGUCUCCGGGUGUUCCAAGCGGAUCUUCCGGAGCGCAGAGCUUACCUACGCCUGCAUUCUCGUCGUCCCCGUCGCCCCCGGCUUACAACAGGAAUAUUGCGCUGAAGCCACCAAGUCCUUCGCCCUCGCUGCCGUCUCCAUCUAUUGCCUCUGUCGGUUCUGAGGCUAUCCCCGGAACUCAAGCUUCUGGCAGGGGCGCGCAGCGCCAGCGACGGUUUCCCUGCACUCACCCAGGAUGUGAUCGAAGUUUCACUAGCGAGUACACUCGGCGUGUACACGUUGAGGCCCAUCAGCCAAAACAACGCGAGGUCCUCCCGUGCACGAUGGGCUGCUCAGAGAUAUUCAGUCGACGGCACGAUCGACUUCGACA